UCCCACCUUUCUUCCUCCUCUGAGUCAAUCCCUUUGAUCCAAUUUCUCAUCGAUCCAACUGAAAUGGAGACGAGAACCGGCCAAUCAACACCGGCGAUAACUGCGCCGGUCCCGGUUCCGUUUCCUCCGCCUUCUACGCGGCGUCCUAGAGUGAGAGAAGUCAGCUCCAGAUUCAUGUCUCCGGUUGCUUCAUCUUCCGGACAUCAUCAGCCAUCCGUUUCAACUCAGAAGCCGAGAAGGCAGUUAAAACUACCGGAAGGCGACGAGAACCGCCCUCCGGAGACGGCGGCGCGUGGACAAGACUCGCCGUUUCCUCUCGACGGAGGAAAAAACAACCAGCGGCGGAAUCGAUCCAAGCCGUUGAGAGAGGAGAACGGACACACUCUAACGUUGCCGCCGCCUCCGUCUAGGUCUCGAUCGAACCAGCAGCGUCUGCUUACGUCAUCAGCCGCCGCUAGGCUUCUGAGAUUAUCCGUCUCCAUGGACGGUGAAGAAGAAGAGAAACUCAACGAUGAUGAUACGUCGUCGUUUAGGGCUUCGUUGUUGGUUAAAAACGGCGUUGGCUUGUCAUUGCCUCCCGUGGCACCUAACUUGAAGUCUCAAGGAGAUAUAAAGAGACAGAAGAGAGUUUUAGGACAACAAGCGGAUGCACACUCUUUGAAACUGCUACACAACCGCUACUUGCAAUGGAGAUUCGCAAACGCAAAUGCUGACGUCAUAAAACAAGCUCAUAAAGCAGAAGCCGAGAGAAUGUUUUAUUCACUUGGUUUGAAAAUGUCAGAGCUCUCUCAUUGUGUACAUAAGAAACGCAUAGAGCUCCAAGGAUUAGUGAGAGUAAAAGCUCUUAAGGAGAUUGUGGAGCCUCAAGUGCCUUUAUUGGAACAAUGGACAACUCUUGAAGAAGAAUACUCAGGUGCACUAUCGGAAACAUCUGAAGCUUUAUUGAAUGCCUCCUUGCGUCUCCCUCUAGAUGUUGAUAUCAAGGUUUAUAUUGUUCGGAUUAACAUUGUUCCCUUUUGUGUAUCUUUUGCAUUAAUCACUUUUGAUUCUCAAUAUCAGGUUGAGACGAAAGAGUUAGGAGAAGUACUUGCGGUUGCUUCAAAGUCCAUGGAAGGCAUUGUGCAAAACAUUGGACAGUUUUUGCCUAAGACACAAGAGAUUGAGAGUUUGUUGUCGGAACUAGCGAUAGUAAGCAGCAGAGAAAAAGUAUCAGUAGAAGACUGUGGAGUUGCACUGCUUAAGACACAUUCAUCACAUGUUGAAGAUUGCUAUCUUAGAAGUCAGCUUAUACAGCAGCACCACAAGCAAUGUGUAUAAUAAAUGAAUUUGAAGCUCCCUUGCAUAAUAAAUGUAUCACACAAAAGAGUAUAAUAAAAGGUUUUGGUAAAGUCACUGUACUCAAGAAAGCUGAUGAAACUGACGCUGUGGAAGCUAAUAAGAACAAGGCAAUGCUUUCCGCCGCUGAUGAUAGCAAAUGUUGUUCCAAUACAACAAGGUUUUUGUAUUUUGAAAUGUAAAAUUAUAUGUCAAAGAAAACAGAUUUGUUAUAUGUUUCUGAUUCCAGGAUACGUUUGAGAGCAUCAGAUUCAUAAGCAUGAAACUAUUUGAUCUUUGGAAAUGUAAGGCCUUAUAAUCUUUAGGCCCAUAAAAUAGUCCAUUUUAAGUGGUGACUCCAGUGGACCACUGCCCACUGGUGGUGUGUAAUAAUAAUUAGUAGGGCGUUGAAAUGUGAUAAUGAGUCAAUCCCAUACCCGUGACAUGUAGUUGAGCAUAACACUCCAAAAUUCUACUUUGGGACUUUUAAAGAAACCACGAGAUGAAGCCAACUCUUUCUUUGUCUUUUUGAAUAUUGAAUAUUGAAUAUUUCGGUUCUUUUUUUCAAUCCUUUCAAGUAAGAAAAGGUUGUAGUCAAGAUAUUAUCUUAAUUAAACUAACUAACUGAACUUGACCUAUGAUUGUAGCUGUUUUCAUUAAGGUCGUUGGUAUGUUAUAAUUUGGAAAUGACUUAGAGACAUGAUUAUAGACCCAGUUGUUAGACUUUAUAAUUGACCCAUUGUACUUUUUUUAUGGUUAUGUCUAUCUAUAGUAAGCAAUAAAGCUAGCAGAUGUUAUGUACAAAAAAUAAAAUAAAGCAGAUGUUGUUACAAGCAUACUCUGUUUGAUUUGUCUGCAUGUACCAAUUUUGUUUUUUUUUUUCUCAUAUCACGAAUGCGAGUUAUAAUAACGUGUCUGAUGUCAGCGUUCCUGAAUAUCUUGAUAUUAAAUGAUGAAAGUUUGAAUAUAGCAUCUAUAUAUUUACCACCUAUUUCCCCCUAUAAUACCAUGAUAGAAAAAUUAAACUGUAUUUCAUUUGGAAAAUGGAGAAAAUACUUUUCUACAGUCGAGUUAGAAUCCUUGAACAUCAGCUAACAUUUUUUUUUAAUUUGGUUCUUGCUAAUAAUAACAAACGGUUUUAAUACGGCAGAGAGAUGCAAUUUGCACAUGAUUUUCAGAAAUAUAUUGUGGCAAUGAACAUAAAAUCUUCAUAUUUCAAGA